CCUGCACAUUACUUGCGGCUGGGAGGGCGCUCCUUCAGAGCGACCUUCUUCGGUCUCGCUACAAGCGACGCAUUAGGCGCUCCGGACCCGCUCUCGAUCGUUGUUGGCUCCAUCCCGUACCACCGCCGGAGUCGCCGAGAUGACCGGCCUCCAUGACGAGCGCGCCACCGGCGAACCCCGGAGAUCCAAGCGGUCCAGGCCGGAGGCGAAGGCGGCGGAGCCUCCGGCACGCCGAGGGCCACGCUCCUCCGCCCAAGCGUCGAGCUGCGAGGGUUGCGCGACCAUCUUCGCCCCCUCACGGCCAUCGGGAUUCGGAGGAUGUGGCCGUGGCUCCUCCGCCCGCACGCCGCGUGGAGGCCCCGGCUCCCCCGCCCAAGCCCGAGCACUCCGCCCCCCCUAAUUGGCAUCGCACCGCAUACAGACUCCACAACCGCGUCGUCCGGGAUACCAGCAACCGCAAGCUCGCCCCCAGUCGCUACGACAACGGGAUAGAAAUUAAGCAUGAUCCAACAUGGCAAACUCCGACGUGUGCAUGUGUGGCUUUGGAACACUACAACAACAUGAAUCAGGGGGAUGAGCAUGAGAUGGUUAAACCAGUGAGCAGCCAUGUCUUUGUCUUCAAUGGUAUCUGGUUCCAUGCAAAUUUCCUUGCUAAGCGAAAAGGAGCCACCAACUGUGUUGAUCUCAUCCCCAAGUACUUUUGCUGAAUCGGAAAUUGUGGGGACGAGGAAAAUAUCUUGUGUUUCAUGUGUUAAGCUUGACCCAGGCAAACCCAAAAACAUUGGUGGUUGUAGCCUGUGCUCUGAGAAUAUCCUGCAUCCUGCUGGGGGUGGAUACCACGGUGCCCAAGCUCGAUCUGUUCGACAUGCUCCUGGUGGCCUACAGAUUUCAUUCAAGUUCUCAAUGUUUGAAGUGUGGUAGAAUCGUCCAUCACUAUGCUAAUAUAAUGUAGGCGGAAGAAGCAGAAAAUCAUGUUUAUGAACGUCAAACCUGUUCCAGUAGAAUCAUGCAUCAUUUUGGUUGUAAUGAAGGUUAAAACUCCACUUUGAUGUAUGUCCGAUGUUAUUAAUCUGUUUCAUGUAGUAAGGAGGUGCUUGUUACAUUUUGCUGUGAAGCAAGAUGUUUGACAUGGAUCUGCCGCCAAACAUUUUGAUAUCAUCUCUUAGAUUGAAAUUCCAGAA